AUGGAUCUUCUUACUGACAAAGGUCUAGACAAGACACGCGGUUUCAAUCGCAUGUAUUCUGGUGAAGAAGAGCCCUUGCUUGGGCAUAGGAUUGAUGAGGAAUGCACCUCGGUUUCCAGGAGAAAUGUAUUCAUUACACUGCCAGCUCUUUUCGUAGGUUAACUCAACAAGACAAGUUGUCAGUUUGUGACACUUUCUAAUGAAAUUCUUCCCACAACAUAGCUAGCAUUGUUCCUCGCAGCCAUUGAUGCGGUAAGAUAUUACUCGCUUGACCCAUCAAAAGCUUUCACUAAUGAUGAUUCAAGACAGUAGUAGCCCCAGCACUCCCUACCAUCGCCGAUUACUUUCAAUCACAGGUAGCUUAUAUUUGGGUGGGUUCUGGAUACCUUCUCACGCAUGCAGCGUGUGGGCCUCUCUGGGGGAAGUUUAGUGAUAUCUGGGGUCGAAAAGUGGUUAUAUUGGUGGCUGUUUGUAUAUUCUUCGUUGGAUCCUUGUUGUGUGGAACAGCAACUAAUGUUGAGAUGCUUAUUGCUGGAAGAGUAACACAAGGGAGUGCGGCUGGAGGUUUAAUAGUUCUGGUGAACAUAUGCAUUAGCGACCUUUUCGAUUUGAAGUAAGGUCAAACUCCUCCCACAAUAAGCGACGUUGAUACUGACAUGAGUGGCGUAGAGAACGUGGGUUCUAUCUUGCUCUAACUGGCAUAGUGUGGGCAUUAGCAUCAGGCACAGGACCAUUGAUUGGGGGGGCAAUUGCAGAUAACUUGUCGUGGAGAGUAAGUAAAGAAUUUUAUCUAAUCAAAAUGAAGUUAUUGCUGACAUGGGAUAUGCCUAGUGGAUUUGGUUCAUCAAUCUUCCAUUGUGUGGCCUCACCUUCUUUGUGCUUCUUUUCUUCCUCGAUGUCGAUGAUGUAGGAGUUCCCCUAUUGGAAGGCUUGAAGGCGGUUGAUUGGGUUGGAAGUAUCACGAUUCUCGCAUCAACUGUCAUGCUCCUCGCGAGUCUAGAGCUGGGCGGUGUGACGUUUCCACGGAGCUCGCCAGAGUUAAUUGGUCUCAUAGUCGGUGGAUUAGUCCUUCUCGGGAUGUUCUUUUUGAACGAGUCGAAGUUCGCGAAGCAGCCAGUGGUACCGAUGAGCUUGUUCCAAAAAAAAUCCACGGCAGCAUUAUUACUGGUGGUCCUGCUUCAUGGAUUGGUAAGUAAUCAGCAGCCAUGAGCCUUAACUCGUAUCGCUUACGGAUCGAAAAGACAUAUACGGCCUCCCAGUACUACCUUCCUCUUUAUUUUCAAGCUGUCGGUGGGGCAUCGGCGUUGGGAUCUGGUCUGCUUGUGCUGCCUACCGCGCUCACUCAAACAUUUACAGCAAUAUUCAGUGGUUUGCUCGUGAGGGUGAUAGGUAUACAGCCUUUUGACUGUGACUUGCCUUGACUUUUCUGACAAAUGUACAGGUAGUUACAUGGAAUUUAUUUGGUGUGGAAUGGCCAUCAUGACAAUUGGCUAUGGCCUUUUUAUCGACCUUUCUGAAGAUUUCUCGAUGCUCAAGAUUGUGCCCUUUCAAAUUAUUGCUGGUGUGUAUUAGGGUUUUCCUUUAUUCAUCCGUUCCCGCCAUUUACUGGGGAAAGUUUACGGGGCAUUCUUUCUAUCUGCGCCUCCCGGGGGAGCAAAUCCUUCGCUAAUUGUCUGCAGGUAUUGGGAUCGGGAUGGGAUUACAAACGACACUAGUCGCACUUCAAUCCAACAUUGAUCCGCGCAGAGAUUCCAUGGCUGCAACGACGGCGACUUUUAGUUUUGUACGAAACCUUGGCUGCUGCAUAUCGGUUGCCCUCGGAGGCAUCAUCUUUCAGAAUGGCAUGAAGAAUCAAAAGGAUGACCUUGUCAUGGCUCUUGGGCCGGAACUUGCAAACAAGUUUUCGGCAGAGUGGGCAACACCUAACGCCAUCUUGGUAGCGACACUACCGUGGGCUGAGAGGAUGAUUGUCAAGGCGGCGUAUGUGGUAAGUUUGAAGGAAAUGUGGGUAUUUUAUACUUGUUGUGCGGGUAUCGCAUUUAUGGCAAGUCUGCUGGUAGGGAAGCCUCAUAUUACUCAU